AUGGUGGAUGAGCGUGAGGACCUGCAUGUGCGGCCUCUGGGCCGGUCUCCUUUGUCUCGUACGCUGUGGGUCGGUGCUGAGCCCAACGCAAAGCGCACGUUUCAGGGGGUCGUCUUCCUGGUGGCGGCGCCCAAAAAAAAGCAAAUAAGAACAAAAACCAAAACAAACAAAAAAAAAGAACAAAAAACAGAAAGAAUUAAAAAACAAACAGAAUAA